AUGGUUACGUACAUGAAGCUCGGUGGUGAACUCUCGGUUGAUGAGCGCAACCUCCUCUCUGUCGCGUAUAAGAACGUCGUUGGCACCCGUCGUGCCUCAUGGCGCAUCAUCUCCUCCAUCGAGCAGAAGGAAGAAUCCAAGGGCUCUGAGAAGCACGUCCAGGCCAUCAGCGAGUACCGCCAGAAGAUCGAGCAGGAGCUCGAGCGCGUCUGCCAGGAUGUACUCGAUGUCUUGGACCAGUCUCUCAUCCCCAAGGCCGAGUCUGGCGAGUCCAAGGUUUUCUAUCACAAGAUGAAGGGUGACUACCACCGUUACCUCGCCGAGUUCGCUUCUGGCAACAAGCGCAAGAACGCUGUCACUGCUGCCCACGACGCUUACAAGAACGCCACCGACGUCGCCCAAACCGAGCUAACCUCCACUCACCCAAUCCGCCUCGGUCUCGCCCUCAACUUCUCCGUAUUCUACUACGAGAUUCUCAACUCUCCAGACCGUGCCUGCCACCUUGCCAAGCAGGCUUUCGAUGAUGCCAUCGCCGAGCUCGAGUCUCUCUCUGAAGAGUCCUACCGUGACAGCACCCUGAUCAUGCAGCUCCUGCGUGACAACUUGACCCUCUGGACCUCGUCUGAGAGCGGUGAGCCGGAGCCAAACAUGCCUCAGGGCCAGCAAGCCCCUGCUGAGGGUGCUACCGAGGAGAAGAAGACUGAAGAGGCCCCCGCAGAUGAUGCUGCUGCCAAGACCGAGGAGCCCGCCGCAGCUACCGAAGCUAAGAAGGAAGAGCCUGCUGCUGAAUCCUAA